AUGGUUCAGUCUGUGAUUUAUUGGUCUGUAACGUUCAGGGAGUCUGUGAUUUAUUGGUCUGUAACCGGCAGGGAGUCUGUGCAUCCUCGUCAACAGCAAUAUCCUAUCAUCAUCUCCAUCAUUCCUUCUCCAUCACCUGCCUCCAUCAUCUCACCUCCAUAUCUUCUGCAUCAUCCUACCUCUAUCACCCAUCUCAUCAACCGAUCUCCACCACCCAUCCCAUCUCCAUCAUCCCUUCUCUAUCACCAUCUCCAUCAUCCCUUCUCCAUCAUACCUUCUCCAUCAUCCUAUGUUCAUCAUCCCAUCUCCAUCAUACCUUCUCCAUCAUCCCAUCUCCAUCAUCCUAUCUCCAUCAUCCCUUCUCCAUCAACCGAUCUCCAUCACUCCUUCUCCAUCACCCUAUCUCCAUCAACCGAUCUCCGCCAUCCCUUCUCCAUCAUCCUAUCUCCACAUCAUCCCUUCUCCAUCAUUGUUCCUCCAUCAUCCCAUCUCCAUCCCAGCUCAUCCUAA